AAAAUGAAACUCUCGAAAGCAAACAAAAGCAGAAACCCAUAGAAAAAGCAAAAACUGUCUCUCUGCCUGUUUUUUUGGUUUGUGAAAUUCUCGUGGUGAAAAGUAAAGCUCUGGUUUCUGGUGAUUGAAUCCUGAGAAAGAUAGAAACGAUGUUUCAGAAGUUAGGGACGAUUCGGGUCUUUUACGAAAUGGAGAACGGCCAAACUAUGUGGUUGAAGAGGGUUCUUUGGUGUUAAAGGAGGCGUCUUGGUGACUCAGAAUCUGGCUGAGUGGAACUGGUAACUCGGUCCAAGAAGGAAGCCGUUUUAUUUUGUCUUUUUAGUGUUUUGGAGGGGGGAAAAUUGGUUGGUCGAAUCAGAUCAGUAUUUUUAUGUAAUAGGAAGCUCUGAUCUCGAAAGAUAUUACGAGAUUUUUUUUUUUGGAGUUUGGGGUUGUCCUCAAAGAGUGCCAAAAAAAGCAAGGUCCAAGGUUUUCUCUGUCUCCAAUCCGGAUAUCCUUUCCUUUGCCUGGGUUUUAAUCCUUCUCUCUUCUCUUUCCUUAACAUUUCACAAGCUAGCGUUAAAGUAUCCAAAUCUGCACUAAUGAUGAACACCUACUAGAAUCCCUCCCCCCAAAAAAGAGAAGCAUUUGUGUAAUUGUGUCAUCUUCAUGUUCAAGCUAUGGAGUAACUCAAAGAAGAGAGUGAGAGAAAGAGAGACCAACGAAAAAAAACCCUUCAUUUUUCCUUGGUGGGUUUUUGUGAAAUUUGUAAACUUUAGUUCGUUUUAGUACUUUUGUUCAGUUUCCUUAAAGUUUGAGGGUGAAGUUUGAAAGAUGUCAAUGUCCUGCAAGGAUGGUAAACCUGGGUGCCUGGAUAAUGGGAAAUAUGUAAGGUACACACCUGAGCAGGUUGAGGCCCUUGAAAGGUUUUAUCAUGAUUGCCCGAAGCCUAGUUCUAUUCGUCGUCAGCAGUUGAUUAGGGAGUGCCCUAUCCUCUCCAAUAUCGAGCCUAAACAGAUCAAAGUCUGGUUCCAAAACAGAAGAUGUAGAGAGAAGCAGAGGAAAGAGGCAUCACGCCUUCAAGCUGUAAAUAGGAAGCUGACAGCAAUGAACAAGCUUUUAAUGGAGGAGAAUGAUAGGUUGCAGAAGCAAGUGUCACAGCUGGUGUUUGAAAAUGGCUACUUUCGCCAACAUACUCAGGAUGCGACACUAGCGAGGAAAGAUCCAAGCUGUGACUCCGUGGUGACGAGCGGUCAACACCACCACGUGACACCACAGCAUCCUCCGAGAGAUGCUAGUCCUGCAGGGCUUUUGUCCAUUGCAGAAGAGACUUUAGCAGAGUUUCUUUCAAAGGCCACUGGAACUGCUGUUGAGUGGGUCCAAAUGCCUGGAAUGAAGCCUGGUCCGGAUUCCAUAGGAAUCGUUGCUAUUUCUCAUGGUUGCACUGGAGUGGCAGCACGUGUUUGCGGCCUUGUUGGUCUUGAACCUACAAGGGUCGCCGAGCUCCUCAAGGAUAGGCCUUCGUGGUUCCGUGAUUGCCGAACCGUGGAUGUUAUAAAUGUGUUGCCUACUGCCAACGGUGGAACCAUCGAACUUCUAUACAUGCAGUUGUAUGCACCAACAACUUUGGCAUCUGCUCGCGACUUCUGGUUGUUGCGCUAUACUUCUGCUCUAGAAGAUGGAAGUCUUGUGGUCUGUGAGAGGUCGCUUAAAAAUACUCAAAAUGGCCCUACCAUGCCAACGAUGCAGCAUUUUGUGAGAGCUGAAAUGUUCCCGAGUGGUUACCUUAUACGACCUUGUGAGGGGGAUGGUUCAAUCAUACACAUUGUUGAUCAUAUGGAUUUGGAGUCAAGGAGUGUGCCUGAGGUGUUACGCCCACUUUAUGAAUCAUCAACAAUUCUUGCUCAAAAGACCACAAUAGCUGCUCUACGACAACUGAGGCAGAUAGCUCAGGAAGUUUCACAAUCUAAUUCAACCGGUUGGGGUCGUCGACCAGCAGCCUUACGUGCAAUUAGCCAAAGGUUAAGCAGGAGUUUUAAUGAGGCUGUCAAUGGUUUCACUGAUGAAGGGUGGUCAAUGAUGGGAAAUGAUGGCAUAGAUGAUAUUACUAUCCUUGUAAAUUCAUCUCCCGACAAGCUGAUGACCCUCAACCUUUCCUACGCGAAUGGAUUUUCAUCUGUCAGCAAUGCGAUCUUAUGUGCCAAGGCAUCAAUGCUUUUACAGAACGUACCACCCGCAAUUCUUCUCCGUUUUCUGCGGGAACACAGAUCAGAAUGGGCAGACACCAGCAUUGAUGCCUACUCAGCUGCAGCUAUUAAAGUUGGUCCCUGUAGCUUGCCAGGGUCUCAAGUAGGAGGUUUCGGUGGUCAAGUCAUACUUCCACUGGCACAUACUAUUGAGCAUGAAGAGUGCUUAGAGGUAAUUAAGUUGGAGGGAAUUGCACAUUGUCCUGAAGAUGCAAUAAUGCCAAGAGAUGUUUUUCUCUUGCAACUAUGCAGUGGAAUGGAUGAAAAUGCGGUGGGCACCUGUGCUGAGCUUAUGUUUGCUCCCACCGAUGCUUCUUUAGCUGAUGAUGCACCUCUUUUACCUUCUGGUUUUCGCAUUAUUCCUCUCGAUUCCGGGAAGGAAGCAUCUAGUCCAAAUCGCACACUUGACCUUGCGUCGGCUCUUGAGAUUGGGCCAGCCGGAAAUAAAGCAUCUAAUGAAUACUCCGGUAAUUCUGGCUGUGUGAGAUCUGUGAUGACCAUAGCCUUUCAGUUUGCAUUUGAGAGCCACAUGCAAGAACAAGUAGCAUCCAUGGCCCGACAAUAUCUCCGCAGCAUUAUAUCUUCAGUUCAGAGGGUUGCAUUAGCUCUUUCUCCAUCUAAUUUGGGUUCACAUACUGGUCUACGAACCCCACUGGGCACUCCUGAAGCACAGACACUUGCUCAUUGGAUCUGUCAGAGUUAUAGGGUCUACAUGGGUGAUGAGCUGCUGAAAUCUAUCAGUGAAGGGAGUGAAUCCAUCCUCAAGUCCUUGUGGCAGCACUCAGAUGCUAUCAUGUGCUGCUCGCUAAAGGCACUGCCUGUCUUCACCUUUGCGAACCAGGCUGGGCUGGACAUGCUGGAGACGACUCUGGUUGCUCUGCAGGAUAUUAGCUUGGAGAAAAUAUUCGAUGAACAUGGGCGUAAAGCACUCUGCAAUGAGUUCCCACAGAUAAUGCAACAGGGAUUUGGUUGUCUGCAAGGCGGGAUAUGUAUGUCGAGCAUGGGAAGACCGAUUUCAUACGAGAGGGCAGUGGCAUGGAAGGUGUUGAAUGAAGAAGAGAAUGCUCAUUGCAUCUGCUUUAUGUUCAUCAACUGGUCUUUUGUGUGAAAAACUUCUAUUAUAGACCAGAAACUGCUUAAGUAUCAUCCUUUGUUUUUGUUUUUCCUAAUAUUUUUUGUUCAACUUUAGCUGGUGAAAACCAUGGAUGGUAUCUUACUGGAAUC